AUGGACAACUCUUUCUCUGGUAACUUAAACAACUUGAAUUCCAGCCUUUUCAAUGAUGGAAUACAGGAGAUCGAUGUGUCCUCCAAUUCUAUUGAAGGAGAGCUCCCUCCUUACUUUGGUUCCAUCUUUCCAAGACUAGAGUAUUUAAACAUGUCCAGGAAUUCCAUCAAAGGUAGAAUUCCUUCCUCACUUUGCCCCACGUCGACCCAACGGUUGCAGUCUCUAGACUUGUCGAGUAACAAAUUCGUAGGAGAGCUACCAGAGCAACUACUGCAUUGUCAAUCACUAUUGCACUUGCUUUUGUCAAACAAUAGUUUGAGCGGCCAUGUACUACCAAGAGCAGCAAACUUGUCAGGCUUGUUUCAUCUAUCUUUGGCCAACAAUCGGUUUUCUGGGGAGAUUUCAUUGGGGUUGCUUAAUAGCUCUUACUUAUAUAUGUUAGACUUGAGCAGCAAUGAAUUUUCGGGACCCAUACCAAAUUGGAUUGGAGGCUUUCAAGAACUAUCUGUCCUUAUACUGGCAGAUAAUUCCUUCAGGGGCACCUUGCCGUUGAGCUUUUGCAAGCUGGAACUUGAGUACUUGGACCUCUCUGGUAAUGAUCUCGGUCCCAGCAUGCCUUCCUGUGUCAAUGCCUCAAGAAUAACACACUUGCAUUUACAAAAAAACAACCUUAGGGGACCAUUACCAGAAUUUCUUCAUGAUGCUUCAUCCGUGGUGACAUUAGAUCUUCGCAACAAUGCAUUGUCAGGUGUCCUUCCAUCUUGGCUUGGUUCUCUCUCAGAAUUGAGGGCUCUCUUGUUGGCAGGAAAUAGUUUUGAAGGUCUAAUACCAGAGGAGUUGUGCCAACUUCGCAAUAUAAGCAUGAUGGAUCUCUCUCACAAUAAUUUUUCUGGAAGGAUUCCUUCAUGUUUCGAUAAAUUGGCAUUUGGGAAUUAUUCACAAGCUCCUCAUGGAACAUUUCAAAUACCCAAUUCUGCUCCGAUGGUGGGGCUCCCUAACCUUUAUGGUGAGAAAACACCUAUAUAUGUUGGGAUUAAUAUGGAUAUUAUUGCGGACAGUCCUGAAGAAGUGGAGUUCACGUCAAAGAAUAGACAUGAAACAUAUAAAGGUGUGGUGUUGGAACACAUGUCCGGGCUGGACCUCUCUUGCAAUAAUCUGUCCGGGUCCAUUCCCCUCCAGCUUGGCUACUUGGGUGAUAUCCAUUCUCUGAACCUCUCGCACAAUCAUCUGACUGGAUCAAUACCGGUUACAUUCUCUAAUUUAGACCAAUUAGAGUGUCUGGACCUCUCCCACAAUAGUUUAAGUGGCGACAUACCACAGCAAUUGAUAGAACUCUAUAGUCUAUCGAUAUUCAGCGUUGCUUACAACAAUUUGUCAGGAAGGACACCGGAGCAAAAAAAGCAAUUUGCGACUUUCACGAGGGAGAGUUACGAAGGUAACCCCUACCUGUGCGGACCGCCGUUGGGAACUUGCAACAGUACGGAGGGAUCAACAUUAGCACCACCACCACCUGCAGAGCAUCAAGAGGACUCCUUCAAAAUAGCCUUUGCCUGGAGCUUUGCCGGAUCAUAUGCUGUGGCAUUUCUCGGAACUGUCUUAUUUCUCUACCUCAGCUCUUACUAUAGGACUCUCUUCUUUAAUUUCAUCUAUAGGCACGUCCCCUACUUUCACUUUCUAUGA